AUGGAUCUAGGAGUUUACCAACUGAGACAUUUUUCAAUUUCUUUCUUGUCAUCCUUGCUGGGGACUGAAAACGCCUCUGUGAGACUUGACAAUAGCUCCUCUGGUGCAAGUGUGGUAGCUAUUGACAACAAAAUCGAGCAAGCUAUGGAUCUGGUGAAAAGCCAUUUGAUGUAUGCCGUUAGAGAGGAAGUGGAGGUGCUCAAAGAGCAAAUCAAAGAACUAAUAGAGAAAAACUCCCAGCUGGAGCAGGAAAACAAUCUGCUGAAGACACUGGCCAGCCCAGACAAAGAUGGGAUAAAGGGCAUGGUUGCCCCACAUGUGCCUCUGGUUCCAGAUGGCUUCGGGGUGCUCGCUGCUCAGCUGAUGGAGCAGGCAAGACAAUACUGA